UUGCAGACAAACCGCGGCUGUCAACUGGUGCAUCUGGGAUUUUACUACCUGUGAAUCGUUUUGUGUUUCUAACCAAGUCCUACUGAAAGUAAACCAGUAACAUCAGCUACUGUUUUAAAGUAUGGAGAUCUUUUUGAGUUAAGGAUGUCAUCCAGUUGUGAAGUGCAAUUCUGCUUAUGAGACGGCAUUGUGUCUGAUAUCCCCAACGGAUUGUUUUGUGUGGUGAUGAACUCACUGUAUACUAAAGAUCGUGCAUACUGAAGAAUCAGUGUGUAGUAACUGCACCACUGCCAGUGCCACGACGCAAAAUGAGCAAAGGUGAUUUUGAAUGUGAGGGCAUUGCCUUCAUUCAAACAAAAGAUGCCUUGGACUGGGCAAAGUUCCUGCAAAGCAAACUAUACAGUCCUGACUACAACAUCAGAACAACACUCUAUAGCCCCGAUCAUAGUGAUAUUAAAAAUGUGUUCCUGAAAGCUAACACCUGUGCUGUGCUGGUGUCACCUAUGAUGCUGGAGGCAGAAAACUCGGACUUCUGGAGAAGGUGCAAAGACAAGUUUCAUUGGCGAACUGUGUUCCUGCUUCUUGGUGUGGACAAAGCUGAGCUUGGAGAGGACAUGCGUAGAAACAUAUCUAGCUGCAAGUUGAUGUCAGUGGAUGGUAGUCCAGAUACCGUGAAAAAUACACUUGUUAAGCUCAUAGAGGUCUAUGAAUCAACGGAGGAUCCCUCAAAGUCCUCUACAAAAGAAUGGGAAGAUGAAAAAAUUUAUGACUAUCCUCCCCCUCCAAGGCAAUUAAACAGUGUUGUAAAAGUCUUGCCCACUGUAAUUUAUGAGAAUGGUCGGGAAGCUUUAAUAGUUCUGGAAAGGGAGGCAGAGCAAGAAGUUUACUUGCUGCAAGUUGGUAAUCAGUCAUCACAUCCAAUAAAACUGGAUCAUGUCGCUGGAUCUGCGUAUCUUGCAAAAAUGCCAGAUGAUGUAAAUGGCAAGGUGGAUUUUUUUGUGAUGACUGGAGAACAGACCUUGAGCCAACUUACGCUAACCAUUCAGACCCGACUGGAGCAGCUGGCUGCCCUUCUAGAGCAAGAAACUAGUCCUUUAGCCUUGCUCUGUAGUGCCAUGGGCCUACCAUCUGCCAAAUAUUCCAGUAAUGAAGAACUUGACUCUUUGCUUGCUUCACGCCUGGAAGCUGUGCAGUAUCCUCAGACGCUCAGCACCAUAUUGUCUGCUGAUGAACACCUUUCAUCUGAUCAAGAGAACUGUCGGUGGCCAACUUUCUCCACUUUGCAGCAGACUUUAAUCUGAAGAAAGUGUGCAGUAUUUUGAUUCGCUACCCAGGAACAAUUCAUGCUGCCUGUACAGAAAACAGUGAAGGUCAUUUUCCGUGCCA